CUUUGCUUUAAAUUCACUUUUGUAAAAGUGUGAGUUGAAAAUCUUUUGUCACAUCACAUUGCACAAAGGUGUCUGUGAAGGGAGGGGCCUGAUGACAGAUGAUGCGAAGGCUUUAAACAUCACAGAGAGUUCGAGAAACACCUUUGAGCCAGUCACACGUACAAUAUUUAGUUACAUGAAGAACCACUAGAUACGUGCAAUGGAUAUUGUCAUUUCUUAAUUUUUUUCAUCACUACUUUAUUCAUCUACAAAUAGACUUAUUCACAUUGUAACUAAGGAUUCAAGAAAUCUCUCAAGAUGGAUAAGUUUCGUAUGAUGUUCCAAUUCCUGCAGUCCAACCAGGAGUCUUUUAUGAAUGGGAUCUGUGGUAUUAUGGCACUGGCUAGUGCUCAGAUGUACUCUGCCUUUGAGUUCAACUGCCCCUGUAUGCCAGAGUACAAUUAUACCUAUGGAAUCGGGCUGCUUAUUAUUCCACCCAUAUGGUUCUUGUUGGGUUUUGUGCUGAACAAUAAUGUGUCCGUGCUUGCAGAAGAGUGGAAAAGGCCAACAGGAAGCCGGAGCAAAGAUCCAACAAUCCUUCGCUACAUGUUCUGUUCGAUCACACAGAGAUCUUUGAUAGCACCUGCAGUGUGGGUGUCCGUCACCCUCAUGGAUGGAAAGAGUUUCAUCUGUGCAUUCAGUGUCAACCUGGAUAUUGAUAGGUUUGGGAAUUUCAGCAUCAUGAGGGGAUUGUCAGAGGUGGAGAGGAUCAAACAACUGGCAAAGAUUCCCUGUAAAGAUUUAGUGGAGAAUCAGGAAAUGCGAGUGGCAGCAUCACGAUACAUCAAGUGUAUAUCACAGGCAUGCGGCUGGAUGUUUUUGCUCAUGAUGACCUUUACAGCCUUCAUGAUCCGGGCUAUUCGGCCGUGCUUUACCCAGGCUGCCUUCCUCAAAACCAAGUACUGGUCUCAUUACAUUGACAUUGAGCGCAAGAUGUUUGAUGAGACCUGUAAGGAGCAUGCCAAGAGCUUUGCCAAGGUUUGCAUCCAUCAAUACUUUGAAAACAUCAGUGGAGAGAUGCGUAGGAUUCACCAUCACCACAGGAAUGACAGUGAUGACGAAGACGAAGAAAAGAAGAUGAGCGAUGAAGAGAAACUUCUCGGCAUCAGGGCUCAGGAUGAUAUGAAUAAAGUUUUGUGGAACUGGCACACCUGUAAACCAGCUCUAGCUCUCAGGAAGGACCAAAUAAAUGGUGAAACUAAGGGCUUACUGAAUGGACAUGUCAAUGGCAUAGCAAAUGGGUUUGUACAGGGACACACCCAUGACGUGGAGAAAAAGGAAUGGGCAGUGUAUUACAGUAAGGUCUGAGUUCAAAUGAAAGACAAAGAAAAGCGCCGGUGGGUUCUUUAUCUUUCAGACAAUCAGAUUGUUUCAGAGUUUGACAAAGGAUUGUUCACUAAGUUAGUAAGUUCUACUUUUGUGCACUCAUACAAGUAAUAAUAUUCAAAGUGCAUGAAACUGUGCUUGUCAAAAGAUUUGUGGUUGAUUUUACUUGGAAGAAGCAGUGGUGUCCUGGGUGUAGUGCAAAAUGUGUUGUUUUUAGAGUCACAAAAAUGUUUGACCUAUUAGUCAUGAAUUUCUGUAGAAAACACUAAACUAUUGGUUUCUAAGGAAUAGCAGUUGGAAAAAAUGGUUUAUUCUUUAAAGUGUAUGCUGCAGGAAAGAACUCCCAUAACUGGCUAAUAGUGACACAUUACUACAUUACUCUAACAUGCUAAUAAAUAUUUGUAUUGCUCUUAAGUGUGAGGCAGUGUAAAUAUUGCACAGCUUAACUGGCCAAAAGAAAAUAACUACUUGUACUUCAUGCCCCCGCUCUUACUUGGCACAUUUAUGAUAUAGCAAAUAUUUGACGUGCCAUUGUCUAAAGACUUUGAUCUGGAAUUGUGGAAUCUAAGAUCAUUAGAACUUGAUUAUUCAAACAAUAGAAUAUAGGAGUUACAUUUUUUCUUCUCAAAUCAUGUCCUCAAUCGACACUUCACCAGUGCUUCUGUAUUUUCAAUUGGGUAAAUCUAUGAUGUAUGCAAAAACUAAAUGUUGGGAUAGCCACAACAAUUUACAUGUCGCAAAGAAAACAAGGUCAACAUUUGCAUCUCUCUCCCUCUCUCUUAUUUUCA